GUUGUAAGUAAAGGUGUCGUGGAUAAAAUAAAGAUGUCAUUAGGUGUAAGCAGGAAUGUUGAUGGAAUGUAUAACACAGAAGAAUUAGAGUUUAAAGGGACGAAUAUAAAGAGUAAAGAUUAUGAUGACUCAGACAAAAUGCUCUAUGAAAAUUGGACAGAUCAAGUAAUAUGUGCUUAUAGAAACUGUGGGAGAU